AUGUCCACGAGCCACACGAAUGACGCCCCAGAGGGCGCAUCCGGAUCUGCAUCACCGUCACCAGAUACUACUAGCCCAAGCAGAGACAAUGACCCGACAGUGACGACCAAGGCAGAAAAACAGGCAGAGGAACACACAUCAGAACAGAAGAGCGAAGACAGUACGCCACAACAAGAGGAGGGAGAACAAGAAGAAGGUGAAACAAGAGAAUCAGAUGCGCCACCAUUACCGGACGAAGUUCCCCCGCCGCUCCCCAACGAAGCUCCGCCGGGCGAGGACGAUGGCUGGGAGCCCGUCUGGGAUGCCAACGCACAAGCAUAUUAUUUCUAUAACCGGUAUACGGGCGUCUCACAAUGGGAGAACCCGCGAGUACCGGAUGCAGCCGUCGCCACUGCCGCAGCCCCUCCAGCCGUAGGCACAGAGGAACCAGCUCCGGCCGAGAAAGCCUCUGCUCCGCUGGGCGGGUAUAACCCUGCCAUCCAUGGCGACUAUGACCCGACAGCACCUUAUGCGCAGCAAUACGAAAGACAAGAAGAAGGGAUUCACGGUGGAGCAGGGAUGGGACUGGUGAACACUGCUGGCUACGAGGCCAUUGGAUCGUUCAAUCGGUUCACGGGCCGAUGGCAGGCGGCGUCGCUGAACCCGGAGUAUCACAAUGAUGAGAAUAAGUCGCGGCGGCAGAUGAACGCAUAUUUUGAUGUGGAUGCCGCGGCGAAUGCGCAUGAUGGACGAAGUUUACGGGCCGAGCGCAGUGCGAAGAAGCUGAGCAAGAAGGAGCUAAAGAUGUUCAAGGAUAAGCGGAGGGAGAAAAAGGAGGAGAAGAGGAGGGCCUGGUUGCGUGACUAA